CACCGUUCACGUACGAGAGCGCGCGGCUCCGGGGAUGCAGCUACGAAUCUGACCUCGAGUCCUAACGCACUGAAACCGGAGCGAGACGCAGCGUGUCGAGGCCGACUACACGAUUGUUGAGGACGUGAGUCGCCAUGGCUGAGCAGCAGAGGCAGCGCACCCUCUCCACCUCUGGAGAAUCCCUCUACCAUGUGCUGGGCGUCGACAAGCUGGCCACUAGUGAUGACAUUAAGAAGUCCUACAGGAAACUUGCACUGAAAUAUCACCCUGACAAGAAUCCGGACAAUCCUGAGGCAGCAGACAAGUUUAAAGAAAUAAACAACGCCCAUGCCAUCCUGAAUGAUCCCACCAAACGCAACAUUUAUGACAAGUAUGGCUCUCUGGGCCUCUAUGUAGCUGAGCAGUUUGGCGAGGAGAACGUCAACACUUACUUCGUCUUGUCCAGCUGGUGGGCUAAGGCACUAUUUGUGUUCUGUGGUCUGGCUACGGGCUGCUAUUUCUGCUGCUGUCUGUGCUGCUGCUGUAACUGCUGCUGUGGGAAGUGUAAACCACGGCCACCGGAGGGACAGGAGCCGGAGUUCUACGUCUCUCCUGAAGACUUGGAGGCCCAACUGCAGGCUGAUGAGAGAGAGGCGGGUGGAGGUGAGCCCAUUGUCCUGCAGCCUUCAGCCACAGAGACCACUCAACUAACAUCUGAUGGCCACCACACCACCUACCGGACCGACACUGGCUUCAACUAACGCCAUCCCCCCUCCCCUGCCUCCACCACGUGGCCCUCCAUCUGCCACUCUGCUCCCUCCCCCAGUCUGAGGAACAACCAGAGGAGCAACAACAAAAAAGAAAAAGCCACCAUUGGCAAGGAGUAAAGCCAGUGAUAGUGGAACACAAGCUGAACUCUUUUACAUCCUCCAUUCUCCCUUUUUCUCACAUCCAUUACCACCGUCAUUCUUACAGAGUGGCUAAAUUCGCCUCAGUGUAGCUUCUGGAAAAAAAAAAACGUUAAAAAAAGACGUUUGUUCUCCUGUUUGUUGUACUCCUCUUUUUGGCCUUUGACUUCCAAACUUGCCUUCCCAUCACCCUUUCCUCCAGCCAAAUUUGCUCGCUGUCCUGUAGCAUGCACUGUUUCCACAUCAUCACUAGGUGAGAUUUAACUUUUUUUUUUUUUAAACUAUAGGUAUAUUUAUGCACACUUCUUAUGUUCCCAUUCAGAAGUCAGUGAUGGAAGAACUUGUGAGUCUAAUUUACAGUUGUGCUCACCUUACUUGUAUGGCAUAUGUGUAUGUAAGAAAGGCCAGGAGGAGGAACCUGCUGAUGGUGAUUGUCUUUGGUUGUUUAUUUUUCAAUGCACCAUGCUUUCAUUUGUCCCAUUACAUUUCUGGGAAGAGAGAAAGCUUAACAGUAUGUAAGUUAAAAUCAAAGACCUACAUUUAAUGCCCUGGCUCCUUGUUCAGUGUCCACCUUACCUUUAAUUGUUCCCAUGCUGUCAUAGUCUCCAUGAACCUGAAAGCAAAGUUCUGUCUUAACCUAUCAAGUCUUUUUGCUCAUGAAUUAGUACGAGAAAAAAUGUGCACACCAACAUUUAAGAAAAUAUAUUUUCGUAAUGCUUAUUUAUGCCAUCUGGAUGUUAAAGUAACCAUACCGUGUUGAGGUGUUGACCAACUCUAAAGGCAGAGCCAAAAUUAGUACACAUCAGUUGAUCAAAUUGACGUUUGACAUCAUAAGGUCGUGCCGUGUGUGGGUGUUGGUAUGUGUACUAGCCGGUCUUUGCCUUAGACUGAUGAGGCUAUGUGGUCCUAGUCUUUAUAGCAUGUUCUGAGUCUUAGCAUUAUUUAGCUCUGCUCGGCUUGGUAAUGUCCCUCUUCUCACAUUUUAAGGGACUUGUUAACGCAAACCCGUAUUCCGUUCUAUCAUAUCUCAUAUACCCAAAUGUAUAUGUAAGAAGGAAAGAAAAUUCAGAUGUUUUUAUAUAGAUAUACAAUAUACACACUUUGUGUGUAUGUACAGUAUAUGUAUAUUUUGUGCAUUUUUACUUUAUAAUUGUUGGCUCAUAUUUAUUAUAGUGUGUUAUUGAUCCUUGUGAUGUGUGACUGGUUAACUAGAGUGCCCCCUCUUGUGGUCACUUGAGAACCUUGCGCCAAGAGAGAACGUUAAUCGUGAGUGAAUUUGCCUAUAGUAGUUGGAAGUUGUAUACUCCAGGGCAAACAAUGCCUUCUGUUGCUGUUUACUCCUCGGUUUUUAAAUAGAACUAGGAUUUAGUACAUUAGUCAACACAGUUAAGACAGAAAAUGAAGUAAUGUAGCUUCAGAGCCGGAUUUCAGUCUCUGUGACAACAGAGGAGGGUGUAUAUUCAGAAAUGAAUUUCAGAUUGCAUCAAGCAUCCAUAUGUUGGCUGUUACUGUCUCUUUGCAGUUUUUUGUCUUUUUUUGUCUUGAUUACUGCUGUUUUACAUCAUCAUGGCAUGUCAUGAGUUAUUUCUCUUGGAUGCUGUUGGAAAUUUCAGAACUGUUCUGUCAUAAGGAGUCAUAGUAGGGUUGUAAACUGGUUGAACUGAGGUUUCUGUUAGUACCCUUUGCCAGACAUCAUAUAGUAAAUAAAAUGACAAAAGUGUUUUCACUGAGCAGCUAAAUGUUUAACAGGAUGUACUCUGAGCCAAGGUGUGACAUUUCUCAAUAUUACUAUAACCAAUUUGCCUAAUGCUUUUUAUUUUUGGAGUUAUGUUCUUUAACGUAUACAUUUCGCAGUAGAAUCGAUCCUGAGAGUUUGUAGUGUUCUGUUUACGUUCCGUGUCCUGAGUGAAACUGGUAGUUAGGGUUUUUAUGGUUGCUGUAUUUCUAACUAAAUACAGUACUCUGAGGUGGCCAUAUACAUGCACAUGUCCAAAAAGUGCUUUAACUUCCUUCAGAUUUUCCUUGACCACACCUGCUGGUUAUGCGUUCGUAACUAUAAAGACUUAAGCUGCUUAUGAUUAUUCUCGUAGAUUUUUACAUGAAUAUUUUCCAAUGUCGCUUGCCAAUUUUGCAGCCCACUUUCAGGGUAUGUUAUGUCUUGUGACUUUGACUGAUCUUGCACUCAUUUUAUGCAGAUAACCAUGUUUAGCUGUGCUCGAACCAGAAACAUAGUAACCACAUCACCAGCCAUGGUCGGUCUUCUUUCUUUGGAGUUUACAAAUUAAAUGCCAGUCAUCUUUCACUGACCUGUGUACACUGAGCUUGUGAGCACAGUUCCCUGCAUAUUCAAUCACUCAGACACUCUAUAUCUCUCUCUCUUGCUCGCUGUGUUUUUCCCCUCUUGUUCUUCUGCUCUUGAUGGCUUUUUGAUGGAUGUUUGCCUCUGUGGUCCUCUCCUGUGCAUUUCCCCUUUUUCCCUUCCACACUUACACUGAUAUGCCUACUAUGGCUUCUACGUUGAAAUGUUGGAAAAUGCAACGUUUUUAGUUGAAUGCAAUGGAGCAACAUGACCAGGAAAAAAGUUCCUUGUAGUCUUCAGAAAGAAGAAAAAAAACGUGUGUAAUUACAGUGAAAUGGUAAAUUGCAUUUUUCUUUCUAUUUAAUUUAUUACCUUAUUUUGUCAUGUUUUUAAAGAUUUGUCCUUGUUUCAGAUGGUAUGUAAUUUGGAUGUGGCUAUGAAACUAUGCUACUCAUAGUUAAAUGGUUAAGGUCUCAUGUACAUACACUGAAUAAUGAAGUAUAAUAAUAGACCUUUAUGUUGUAGCAUGGUUAUUGUCUGUCUGAAAGAAAAAAAAAACAUUUACCUGAUUUGCUGGUGUAAAAUAAAUGUUUAUGAACAUUUCA